AUGCCGGGAAACGUGGCUAUCAUUUUCACAGAUAUUCCUUCCGGCCUGCCAGUUGUCGGUAAGGACUUGACGGUUAGGUCCGUCUCGUAUGAUUCCACUGGCGCUUGCCCCGAGAAUGGACUCUUUUUGCAGUCACUAUAUGCAAGUAUCGACCCUUACCAACGUGGCCGGAUGCGCCCCGCACACAUCAAGUCGUACUCUCCGCCCUUUAUUUUAGGUCAACCGAUCAACAACAGAGGCAUUGCCAAAGUGCUGCGGUCCAAAAAUCCCAAUUACAAAGAAGGAGAUAUCGUCGUCGGCAUGCUUCCAAUCCAGGAGUAUAUUGCGCUCGACGACAAAAGGCUUUUCCUGCUGAGGCAGCUGAACAACCCUUUAGGCAUUGAGGAUAUUCGAGUCUUCCUGGGAGCUCUGGGUAUGCCGGGCUUGACCGCCUACGCCGGGUUCUACAAGAUCGGCAAGCCGAAGAAGGGCGACACGAUAUUCGUAUCUGCGGCCAGCGGUGCGGUAGGGCAGAUGGUGGGCCAGCUAGCCAAGCUUGAGGGACUCAAGGUGAUUGGAAGUGUGGGAUCAGACGAGAAGCUGGAGUUCAUCACUAAGGAGCUCGGGUUCGAUGGCGGCUUCAACUACAAAAAGGAGAAGCCCGCAGCGGCGCUGCAACGGUUAGCGCCAGAGGGUCUGGAUAUCUACUACGAGAACGUCGGCGGCGAACAUCUCGAGGCCGCGCUAGACAGCAUGAAGGAUUUCGGCCGCAUACCCAUGUGUGGGACGAUUGCGGGCUACAACACGCCGGUGGAGCAGCAGUACCCUGUGCGAAAUUACAGCCUCAUCUUCAGCAAGCGGUUGACCGUCCGUGGCUUCGUCGUGUCGGACACAGGCUUUGCGGACAAGUACGAUAAGGAACACCAGGAACGUGUGCAGAAGUGGAUCAAAGAUGGCACGAUCAAGACCACGACCUGGGAGGUGCAGGGGAUCGAGAACGCUCCCGAAGCGUUGACGGCUCUGUUCAGCGGUCGCAACUUUGGCAAAGCUGUGUUGAAGUACUAA